GAUCAGGGACUUUGAGAUGACCCAGUUAAUAGAAUAUCGGUCUGCUCGCUGUAGUUCACAAUCUCACUAGCAAACAAACAAACAAAAAAAAUGUCACCAAUAUGUGUUUUGUUUUGUAGCAGCCUUUUCUAUUAGUUUCAGUUAUCAUUUCUAAAAGAGAGCCACAUUUGAGUUGUUGUUUUUUUGAAAUCUGUUGUACUCAUUUCAGUGGCAGUUGGAAAAAAAAAAGUUAAUUUGGCUUUGAGGCCAUGUCUUAAAACAUGGGUUUUUGAUCAGGUAUAAAGGCAAUGGAGUCUUAGCCUGUUGAGCAUUCCCCUUCUCAAAACUGCCUUUUUACAACAACCAAAUAUUGAAAUGACUUAGUUUAAAAUCUGAUUUGUUGGUCUUUUAAGUUCAUAGUGGUUAGAGGACCUAGUUUUAGAGAUUUUUUUAUUGCAUUGUCAGCUCCAUCCUUUCUUAAAAGUAUAGAAUAAAUAGACAGUGUCGCUAAAGUACAUCACACGAGAGGAAGAGACACUACCAACAAAAUCUAACCAUGGGGGACCCAACUUCACGAAGAAACCAAACAAGAAACCGGCUUCGAGCUCAGCUUCGGAAGAAAAGGGAAUCUUUGGCUGAUCAGUUUGACUUCAAGAUCUAUAUAGCCUUUGUUUUCAAGGAAAAGAAGAAGAAGUCUGCACUUUUUGAGGUAGCUGAAGUGGUGCCCGUGAUGACCAACAACUACGAAGAAAACAUCCUAAGAGGUGUGCGCGAUUCAAGCUAUUCUCUGGAGAGUUCGAUAGAGCUCCUUCAAAAAGAUGUGGUGCAACUACACGCCCCCCGAUACCAGUCGAUGCGAAGGGAUGUGAUAGGCUGCACACAGGAAAUGGAUUUUAUCCUUUGGCCACGCAACGAUAUUGAGAAGAUUGUCUGUCUGCUGUUCUCCAGAUGGAAAGGGGCCGAUGAUGAGCCCUUCAGGCCUGUGCAGGCCAAGUUUGAAUUUCAUCAUGGAGACUACGAGAAGCAAUGCUUGCAUGCUUUGGGUCGUAAAGACAAAGCUGGAAUGGUGAUGAACAACCCAACCCAGUCUGUAUUUCUCUUUAUGGACAGACAACACCUGCAGACUCCUAAAACCAAGGCCACGGUUUUCAAGUUGUGCAGCCUGUGCCUGUAUUUGCCCCAGGACCAGCUGACCUGCUGGGGCGUGGGAGACAUCGAGGAUCACCUCCGCCCAUACAUGCCUGAUUAAGGCUUCUUGCUUCACCCAGCCACACAGAGACAAGCCUUUACCUCUCCUUCCCUCCCUAAGCCUUCAGAAGCAAAUUGAUGUACUCAUCUCCUCCCUGUCCCUUUUAAAAGAUUUGAACUUGUGCUUGGAUCUCCUUUUUGUUCCCCCACUCA